AUGUCUACUUCUCCGCCACCAACUACAAUCACAACAACUACCACCGCCACAUCAAACACUACAGAACCAACCCAAUCAACCACCCCAGAAUCAACCGAACAACGCACCUCCGAGGCCAAAACAGCCUUCGAAGCCUCCCUUCGCUCCGUCGGCGCAAACUACGAAACCGCACUCCGCGACCGAGCCCGCACCCUCCACGAGAACUCCACCGUGCUGGACAAGCAGGAGGCCGACGUGCGGCGGGCGACGGAGCAGCUCGCCAAGCAGAAUGAUCAGCUUGCCAAGGUUGCGGAUCAGGCGAGGGACGGGUUGAAGGAGAUCGGGGAUGUCCAGAACUGGGCGGAGCUGAUUGAGCGGGAUUUGUUGAUUGUCGAGGAGACGGUGAGACUGGCGGAGGAAGAGGAAGCGAGGAAUCAUCAUGGGAAUGGGAAUGGGAAUGGGUAUGGGGAGGAUGGGGCGUUGGAGGGGAAUGGAAGGGUUAAUGGGUUUGGGGAGCAGGCUGGCAAUGGGGAUAAGGAUGGGAAGAAGGGGAAGGGCUGGUUUCAGUGGUGGUAA